AUGAGUAACGCUCAUCUGCUGCUUAGGAAAAAAGCCUGGCAUAUUUCAAUAUUUUAUGUGUCCUAUUCUUAAUGUUUUCUCCUUUUUAAUGUCUUAUGUGUGGUGUUGUAUAAGCAGCUGAAUUUCUCUUACAGAACCUUAGUCAUUCUCUUUCUUCAUCUGCUGCACCCCAAGGCCGCCCAUCCCCUCCUCCACCUGCCUCCGCACCCCCAAGAAUGGACACUGACUGCCCGUCUAUAUAUAUCCCUCAGAAGGGGCCAGCUGUGCCUAAAUACUCCCUUCCCCUCCAAUGUCUGCUUGUCUGGUGUAGGUUUGCAGCAGGGGCCAGGGCCAAGAAGGUACACUGUGCCUUCUCAGAGAGGGCGAGAUGGUGGAUGAAGCUUAGGACCAUACUAAAGAUCCGACCUGGACUUAAGAAGACCAAGGAUUUGCUAAACUAGGACUCUCAUUUCAGGUUUUGGCUAUUUUUUAUGAGGAAUUGAGAAGACUACUUUUGGGAGAUUCAAAAUGGAGUCGGGCAGUGGUGGGGUGGCAGCUUUGGCCUCGUUCAUCAUGAAUGAAGAAGAACUGAAAAGAAAGCAAAGGGAGAAACUCAAGAAACUACAGGCCACAGGAGGAAACCCUCGACCGCCACGUUCCUUGUUCUUCUUCACGCUCAAAAACCCUUUCCGGAAGACCUGCAUCAACAUUGUGGAAUGGAAACCCUUUGAAAUCAUUAUCCUGCUAACUAUCUUCGCUAACUGUGUAGCCCUGGCUGUGUUUCUGCCCAUGCCUGAAGAGGACACCAACAACACCAACUUAACAUUGGUGAGAAAUAUCAUUGCCAUCAGGGAGAAUGAGAAGCCAUCGCCCUGUGCUCAGGCUGGACACGGACGCCGCUGCACCAUCAAUGGCACUGAAUGUCGGGCAGGUUGGCCUGGUCCCAACUUUGGCAUCACCCAUUUUGACAACUUUGGCUUUGCCAUGCUCACAGUCUUUCAGUGUAUCACAAUGGAGAGCUGGACUGAUGUUCUCUACUGGAUUAACGAUGCCAUGGGGAAUGACUGGCCCUGGAUCUACUUCCUGACUCUGAUACUUGUGGGCUCCUUCUUCAUCCUCAACCUCGUCCUUGGAGUAUUGAGCGGGGAGUUUACUAAGGAAAGGGAGAAGUCACGGUCACGAGGAGAGUACCAAAAGCUACGAGAGCGACAACAAAUGGAUGAGGAUCUGAAAGGUUACAUGGAAUGGAUCACUCAUGCUGAAGUGAUGGAUGGAGAUUCUGAGGCACUUCUUCUUCUUAGAAAGGACACUGAUUCAGAGACAGACAGUUUAUACCAGAUGGAGGGGAUCAACAGGGUGAUCUAUUUCUACCGUCUCGCACGCCGCUGGAACAUUGUUUUACGGAGAAAGUGUCAUGUUUGGGUGAAAUCUAAAUUCUUCAACUGGUGGGUUCUCCUUGUUGUGUUACUCAACACCCUGGUCAUUGCGAUGGAGCAUCAUAACCAGACUGAGGGGUUAACAAGUUUUCAAGACACUGCCAAUGUAAUUCUACUCGCCUGUUUCACGAUUGAGAUGGUUAUGAAGAUGUAUGCAUUUGGUCCGAGAGCCUACUUCAUGUCCAUCUUCAACCGAUUUGACUGUUUUGUGGUCACGAUCGGAAUACUGGAGAUAUUCUUGGUUGUGUCAAACAUCAUGACACCACUGGGGAUUUCUGUGAUGAGAUGCAUACGACUCUUGCGCUUAUUCAAGCUCACAAGGUACUGGACAUCACUUAAUAACUUAGUGGCAUCCUUACUCAACUCAGUGAAAUCCAUCGCCUCCCUGCUCCUGCUCCUCUUCCUCUUCAUUGUCAUCUUCGCCCUCCUGGGUAUGCAGGUGUUUGGUGGGAAAUUGAACUUCCCUGACAGAGUGAUUCAGCGCAGUAACUUUGACAACUUCCCACAGGCCCUCAUCAGUGUUUUCCAGGUCCUAACUGGAGAGGAGUGGGACUCCAUUAUGUACAAUGGAAUCAUGGCUCAUGGCGGACCUCAAUCCCCAGGAAUUCUUGUCAGCAUUUACUUCAUAAUUCUGUAUGUCUGUGGAAACUUCAUUCUCUUGAAUGUUUUCUUGGCUAUCGCUGUGGACAAUCUAGCCGAGGCUGAGAGUCUGACAGCAGCACAGAAAGAGAAAGCAGAGGAGAAGGCCCUAAGGAAACUCAUGAGAACAUUGCCAGAGAAAAGUGAGGAGGAGAAGGCCCUGAUGGCUAAGAGACUAAUGGAGUCCAGGUCAAAAACUGAGGGAAUGCCCACCACAGCAAAGCUCAAGAUAGAUGAGUUUGAAUCAAAUGUUAAUGAAGUGAAAGACCCCUUCCCUCCUGCAGACUUUCCAGGUGAUGAUGAGGAAGAGGAACCAGAGAUCCCGAUCAGCCCCAGACCCAGACCCAUGGCUGACCUACAGCUGAAGGAGACAGUGGUGCCCAUGCCUGAGGCCAGCUCCUUUUUCAUCUUUGGCCCACAAAACAAGUUCCGGAAGCUUUGCCACAGGAUCAUCAACCACACGACCUUCACCAACAUCAUCCUCCUCUUCAUCCUCCUCAGCAGUAUCUCCCUGGCUGCUGAAGACCCCAUCGACCCCCAUUCAUUCCGAAACAAGGUCUUGGCUUAUGCCGACAUUGUCUUUACAACUGUCUUCACCAUUGAAAUUGUGCUAAAGAUGACGGUUUAUGGAGCGUUCCUACAUACUGGCUCUUUCUGCCGAAACUCAUUCAACAUUUUGGAUCUCAUUGUUGUGGGUGUUUCCCUCUUGUCCAUGGGCAUGGAGUCGAGUACUAUCUCAGUGGUGAAGAUUCUCAGGGUGUUGAGGGUACUAAGACCUCUAAGGGCCAUCAACAGGGCCAAAGGGUUAAAGCACGUGGUCCAGUGUAUGUUUGUGGCCAUAAAGACCAUUGGGAAUAUCGUCCUGGUCACCAUGCUCUUGGACUUCAUGUUCGCCUGCAUUGGAGUGCAGCUCUUCAAGGGCAAAUUGUACUAUUGUACGGACCCCCUUCAAAAGACAGCGGAGGAGUGUCAGGGAACAUUUUUAAAGCAUGUGCAAAACUCUCUUCAUGACAUGGAGGUCCAUCAGCGCAUGUGGGUCAACAGUGAUUUCAACUUUGACAAUGUCCUGAACGGCAUGCUGGCUCUCUUCACCAUCUCCACAUUUGAGGGCUGGCCAGAGAUCCUAUAUAAGGCUAUAGACUCAAAUGCAGUAGACACAGGCCCUUUGUACAAUAACCGAGUGGGCAUCUCCAUAUUCUUUAUCAUCUACAUCAUCAUCAUUGCCUUCUUCAUGAUGAACAUCUUUGUGGGCUUCGUCAUCGUCACUUUCCAAAAACAAGGAGAGCAGGAAUACAAGAACUGCGAGCUAGACAAGAACCAGCGUCAAUGUGUGCAGUAUGCACUGAAAGCACGGCCCCUCAGAUGCUACAUCCCGAAGAACCCGCACCAGUACCGCGUUUGGUACUUCGUGACUUCUUGCUAUUUUGAGUACCUCAUGUUCUUUCUCAUCAUGCUCAACACACUCUGUCUUGGAAUUCAGCACUGCAACCAGUCCGAUCAUAUAACCAAACUCUCUGACACUCUCAACCUCAUCUUCACUGUCCUGUUCACUGGCGAGAUGAUCGUCAAACUCAUUGCAUUCAAAGCAAAGGGUUACUUUGGAGACCCUUGGAAUGUGUUUGAUUUCGUCAUCGUGGUUGGUAGUAUUGUUGACGUGGUCCUCAGUGAGGUUGAUGCUGCGCUGGAUGCCAGUGGAGGACUGUGGUGUCUACAUGGUUGUGCGGAAGUGAAUCCAAUGCAGGCAAUAGCUGAUGCAGAAAAUGUCAGAGUUUCCAUCACGUUCUUCCGGCUGUUCCGUGUGCUGCGUCUCAUUAAACUGCUGAAUCGCUCAGAGGGGAUCAGGAACCUUCUGUGGACCUUUAUUAAGUCCUUCCAGGCGCUGCCUCAUGUGGCUCUUCUCAUUGUCAUGCUCUUCUUCAUCUAUGCUGUCAUAGGGAUGCAGAUGUUUGGUAAAAUUGCUCUGGUCGAUGGUACAGAGAUUAACCGCAACAAUAACUUCCAAACUUUUCCUCAAGCUGUAUUGUUAUUGUUCCGUGUUGCCACUGGAGAGCAGUGGCCUAAAGUCAUGCUGGCCUCCAUGUAUGGGAAGCUCUGUGAUGCCAAAUCAGACUACGUCCCUGGAGAGGAGUAUACCUGUGGCUCCAGCAUCGCUGUCUUCUACUUCCUCAGCUUUUACAUGCUGUGUGCAUUUUUGGUUAUCAAUUUGUUUGUGGCUGUCAUUAUGGACAAUUUUGAUUACCUCACUCACGAUUGGUCAAUCCUCGGCCCGCAUCACUUGGAUGAGUUCAAGAAGAUCUGGGCAGAGUAUGACCCUGAAGCAACGGGACGAAUCAAACAUCUGGAUGUAGUAACUCUCCUGCGGAGGAUUCAACCACCGUUGGGUUUUGGUAAAUUUUGUCCCCACCGCUCAGCGUGUAAGCGCCUGAUUUCCAUGAACAUGCCGCUGAACAGCGACGGCACAGUGACCUUCAACGCCACACUCUUCGCACUGGUCAGAACAGCUUUGAAAAUCAAAACGGAAGGAAACUUUGAGCAGGCCAAUGAAGAACUGAGAGCCAUCAUUAAGUCAAUCUGGAAGAGGACCAGUAUGAAGCUAUUGGACCAGGUCAUUCCGCCCAUUGGAGAGGAUGAAGUCACCGUUGGAAAGUUCUACGCAACCUUCCUGAUUCAGGAACAUUUCCGCAAGUUUAUGCAGCGGCAGGAGGAAUACUACGGUUACAGGCCUACCAAGAAGAACGCUAAUGAGAUUAAGGCAGGUCUGCGUAGCAUUGAGGAGGAAGCAGCACCUGAGCUGCACAGGGCCAUCUCAGGUGACCUGAUCGCUGAGGAUGAGAUGGAGCGUGUCUUGGAGGCCGGAGAGGAGGGCAUCUACAGGCGGACAGGAGGUCUGUUUGGACUCAACACAGACCCCUUCUCCUCUGAGCCCAGCAGCCCCCUCUCCACACAGGUGACCAGCCAGAGGCCCCUGCAGUUUGUGGAGACUCGUCUGGAGGAUAUAGAGUCACCUCCAGACUCCGUCUUCCUCUCAAACACUGAGUUCUUCCCUGAUAACAUGCCAACAACAACCAACACCAAUAACAAUGCCAACUUUAUAGAAGAUAUGUCAUCCAGGUUUACGUUUGAAAACGAGUCACUGUCAGCUGCUGCAACCAGAAACUAUUCAUAUGAGGACAUAAGAGACUCCAGUUCAUAUGUGGGCGGGGUCUCAAGUGUUGAUGACAGACGGCUGUCAGAUUUCACUGUGAGGACCAAUAUCACACAGUUCCCCUGUAACCCCUCAUAUGGGCCAUCAAAGAACCAGAGAGCAGCAACAGAAGCUUCACUAGCCACCAACAAACUCAUUCAGCAGGCACUGAGAGACGGUGGUCUAGACUCCUUGGCUGAGGACCCACAGUUUGUAUCUGUGACUAGGAAGGAGCUGGCAGAAGCCAUUAAUAUUGGCGUGGAGGAUAUGGAGGGCAUGGCUCAGGGCAUCGUAAACGGGCAGAGUGGCAAGGUAACAAAACGUAAACGCCGUCCCAUCCCAGUUCCACCAGGCACCAAGUCAACCAAACCCAAGGAAAACACUAGUGCUGUGUAGAAAUGUAUUGAGAGACAUUCAGCAAAUUCAUGAGACGUCUUCAACCUGAAUCUUCUACCAUUGUCCAAAAUCACAAUUACUUCAGUUUAUGAACAGGUAGUGCACUGGUUGUUUUGAAGGGUGCUUUUUUCAAAGAUGGUAAGAGAAAUAACAUAAAAAUGGACGCCUGCCUGAACAUGUUACUGCUAUUUUAAUGAGGUCUGGUGAUUUUUAUUUCUGAUGGCUGUUCUGAUUUAGGACUUGUUUUUUGGUGACUGAAUUUACCGAACAUCCUCAAUAAAAUUGUUCACACUCUGUUCUGUGAACAUUUACAGUUGAGUGAGUUACAUAAAACAGACAAAUGCCUGAAAACCUUGUAAUCUGUGGACAUAGAGCCCCAAAGGCAAGUCUUUUCUUUGGUUUGUCUACCACAUGUACCUGUGGUUUCAACUUUUUUGUAUCGAGUUAUAAAAUAAUUGUUACACUAAAUAAGAUUAUCCUGACAUUUUGUUCACAGGAAAAUCUUUAGCAGUUUUUAAAGGUGAAUUUUUGAAGAAAA